UAGAGCCCGGCGCCCAGCUGCCAACUUUGUGCUAGGAUCUGUCUCCUCGCUUCUGCCCUCGGGGUAUGUAACGGCCAUGCCUGUGGACACGCUGAGCCCCCGCGCCCCCGCCACCGCCGCGCUACCUUUCCGCCUGCGGACCAAGGUUCCCGGCUACCUGCUGCCCAGGCCAGCCGAUGGGGGAGCCAGGAAACUGAGUGCCGUGGAACGCCUGGAGGCUGACAAGGCCAAGUACGUCAAGAGCCUUCAUGUGGCCACCACCCGCCAGGAGCCCGUGCAGCCUCCACUGGCCAGACAGCCCCUCUUUAGCCCUGGGACUCGCGGCCCAGUGCUCACACCCAGCCGCCGAGCCCUGCCCUGCCCCGGCCGCCGACCCCAGCUGGACCUCGACAUCCUUAGCAGCCUCAUCAACUUGUGUGAUAGUCCAGCAUCCCCUGCAGAGGCCAGCCGAACCUCCGGACCGGCAGAGGGAUCUACCCACCAGGCCCCGCCGGCCACCCCUCCUCGCCCUCCACCCAGUACGGCUGCGGUGCGCCGAGUGGACGUUCGCCCCUUGCCUGCCUCACCUGCGCGGCCCUGCCCAUUCCCAGGCACCACUGCCGCCUCCAGCCCCGGCCGGCCACCUGGUCUGCAACGCUCCAAGUCGGACCUGAGCGAGCGCUUUUCCAGGGCAGCAGCGGACCUCGAGCGCUUCUUUAACUUCUGUGGCCUGGAUCCAGAGGAGGCACGAGGAUUAGGGGUGGCCCACUUGGCACGGGCCAGCUCGGACAUCGUGUCUCUAGCUGGGCCGAGUGCUGGACCGGGAAGCUCUGAAGGGGGCUGCUCCCGUCGCAGCUCGGCUACGGUGGAGGAGAGGACCCGGGAGCGUGUCCCCUAUGGGGUGUCUGUGAUUGAGCGCAAUGCCAGGGUCAUCAAGUGGCUAUAUGGGUUGCGCCAGGCACGGGAGCCUGCUCGGGCCACUGAGAGCUAAACCUCUUGGACUUAGACCUCCCAGCAGGACAAAGUGGACAGGCAAUUGGUGCCUUGACCUCUUCUGGCCCAUUCUUCACUUCUGGGCAGACAGGAGUCAGCUCCCUUGGGUGAACUUGGUGUAGAGGCCAAGGCUUAGACCUA